AUGACCCAAAUAGAGACAACGGUGGAAUACAGCAAUGGCUAUGAAGAAGACGAGUAUAUGCUCCAGGAGGACGAAUGGGAUAGGGACCUGUUAUUAGACCCGGCUUGGGAGAAACAGCAGAGGAAGACAUUCACAGCCUGGUGUAACUCUCACCUGAGGAAAGCGGGGACACAGAUCGAGAACAUCGAAGAUGACUUCAGAAAUGGCCUUAAACUCAUGCUCCUGCUGGAAGUCAUUUCAGGUGAAAGACUGCCCAAGCCUGAUAGAGGAAAGAUGCGAUUUCACAAAAUUGCGAACGUCAACAAAGCUUUGGAUUUCAUCACGAGCAAAGGAGUCAAACUUGUUUCUAUUGGUGCUGAAGAAAUUGUGGAUGGGAACGUUAAAAUGACUCUCGGGAUGAUUUGGACCAUAAUACUCCGCUUCGCUAUUCAGGAUAUUUCAGUUGAAGAAACAUCUGCAAAGGAAGGCCUUCUCUUGUGGUGCCAAAGAAAGACUGCCCCCUACAGGAAUGUCAAUGUGCAGAACUUCCAUCUCAGCUGGAAGGACGGCCUGGCGUUCUGUGCGCUGAUACACAGGCACCGGCCAGACCUGAUCGACUAUGCCAAGCUGAACAAGGAUGAUCCUCUUGGUAACCUGAACCUUGCCUUAGAUAUUGCAGAGAAGCACCUGGACAUCCCCAAAAUGUUGGACGCUGAAGACAUUGUCAACACCCCCAAGCCUGACGAAAGAGCCAUCAUGACCUAUGUGUCCUGCUUCUACCACGCUUUCGCUGGAGCAGAGCAGGCCGAGACAGCGGCCAACAGGAUCUGUAAGGUUCUGGGGGUGAACCAGGAGAACGAGAAGAUGAUGGAGGAAUAUGAGAAACUGGCCAGUGAGUUACUGGAGUGGAUCCGGCGCACCACCCCGUGGCUGGAGAACCGCGCUCCGGAGAAGACCAUCUCCGAGAUGCAGCAGAAGCUAGAGGACUUCCGCGAUUACCGCCGGCAGCACAAGCCGCCUAAGGUGCAGGAGAAGUGCCAGCUGGAGAUCAACUUCAACACCCUGCAGACCAAGCUGCGCAUCAGCAACAGGCCCAACUUCAUGCCCUCCGAGGGGAAGAUGGUGUCGGAUAUUGCGAGCGCCUGGAAGGGUCUGGAACAGGCUGAGAAGGGCUACGAGGAGUGGCUCCUCACUGAGAUCCGGAGGCUGCAGCGUCUGGACCAUCUGGCCGAGAAGUUCCGCCAGAAAGCCUCCGCCCACGAGACCUGGACUGCAGGUGAGCCCCAAACGCUCAACCCAGGCAAGGACGAGCUCCUGUCUCUGAAGGACUUUGAGUCGGCCUCACUGUUCGAGGUGCGAGCCCUCCUGAGGAAGCACGAGGCCUUCGAGAGCGACCUGGCCGCCCACCAGGACAGAGUGGAGCAGAUCGCCGCCAUCGCCCAGGAGCUCAACGAGCUGGACUUCCAUGAUGCCGCGACGGUGAACGAGAGGUGCCAGAAGAUCUGCGACCUGUGGGACCAGCUGGGAACGCUCACGCAGAAGAGGAGGGACGCCCUGGAGAGGACUGAGAAGCUCCUGGAGACCAUUGAUCAGCUGUUCCUGGAGUUCGCCAAGAGGGCGGCGCCCUUUAAUAACUGGAUGGAGGGCGCCAUGGAGGAUCUGCAGGACAUGUUCAUCGUGCACACGGUGGAGGAGGUCCAGAGCCUGGUCUUAGCCCACGAGCAGUUCAAAGCCACCCUGCCUGAAGCAGACAGCGAGAGGCAGGCCAUCCUGGGCAUCCAGGCCGAGGUGCAGAAAAUCGCCCAGAGCUACGGCAUCAGCCCCGACCUGAACAACCCUUACAGCACCAUCAGCACUGACCAGCUCAGCGCCAAGUGGGACCAGGUGAAGCAGCUGGUUCCUCAGAGAGACAGCUCCCUGCAGGAGGAGCUGGCCCUGCAGCAGUCUCACGAACGGCUCAGGAGGCAGUUCGCUGCCCAGGCCAACCUGAUCGGGCCCUGGAUCCAGACCCGCAUGGAGGAAAUCGGCCAUUCCACCAUGGAGGUGAGCGAGACCCUGGAGGACCAGAUGACGCAGCUGAAGCAGCUGGAGCACGUCAUCGUCAACUACAAGCCCAACAUCGACACCCUGGAGGGAGACCACCAGCUCAUCCAGGAGUCGCUCAUCUUCGACAACAAGCACACCAACUACACCAUGGAGCACAUCCGCGUGGGCUGGGAGCUGCUCCUCACCACCAUCGCCAGAACCAUCAACGAGAUCGAGACCCAGAUUCUGACGCGCGACGCCAAGGGCAUCAGCCAGGAGCAAAUGAACGAGUUCCGGUCCUCCUUCAACCACUUCGACCGGAAGAAGAAUGGAGCGAUGGAGGCGGACGACUUCAGGGCCUGCCUCAUCUCCAUGGGUUACGAUUUGGGUUCCGCGCUCCAGGGCGAGGCGGAGUUUGCACGCAUCAUGCUGCUGGUGGACGCCAGCGGCACCGGCGUGGUGUCGUUCCAGUCCUUCAUCGACUUCAUGACCCGCGAGACCGCCGACACGGACACCGCCGAGCAGGUGGUGGCCUCCUUCAGGAUCCUGGCGACUGAUAAGCCAUAUAUCCUGGUAGAGGAGCUGCAGAGGGAGCUUCCUGCAGAGCAGGCUGAGUACUGCAUCUCCAGGAUGCCCCCGUACACCGGGCCAGACGCGGUAGAGGGUGCCCUGGACUACACCUCCUUCUCCACCGCCCUGUAUGGCGAGAGCGACCUCUGAGCCCA